AUGUUAAAUUUAGUUUCUUUUAGGUAUAUCUUUGGAAUUCCUCCCCUGAUCCUUGUUCUGUUGCCAGUAGCGUCUGCAGACUGUGAUAUUGAAGGUACAGACGGCGAGGGAUAUAAAAGUGUUCUAAAGGUCAACAUCGAAGAACUGGACAGCAUGCUAGACAUUGGUAGCAAUUGCCUGACUAAUGAAUCUAACUUUUUUAGAAAGCAUUCAUGUGAUGAUAAUAAGGAAGGUGCAUUUCUACAACGAGCUGCUCGCAGAUUGAAGCAAUUUCUUAAAAUGAAUAUUAGUAAGGAAUUCAGUGUCCGUUUGUCCAUUGUUUCAAAAGGCACAUUAAAACUGGUGAAUUGCACCAACAAGGCUAAAGAAAGAAAAAUAGCUUCCCUGGGUGAAGACCAACCCACUAAGAAUUUGGAAGAGAAUAAAUUGUUGAAGGAACAGAAAAAACAGAAUGACUUCUGUUUCCUAAAAAGACUACUAGAAAAGAUAAAAACUUGUUGGAAUAAAAUUUUGAGAAAUGCUAAAGAUCCCGGAAAAAUAACGGAAUGA